AUGUCGUCUUCCGCAGGCAUGGACGUGGACCACGCCGACGAGCGUUACCUCGAAAACGCUUCCGCAUCUUCCUCGACACCCGCAUCACUCAAGCCAUACUACCCCAAGUUUCAGCAGCUACACGAUCGCAAACUAUGGUACCAGCUCACGUUGACCAUCGAAGAGUUCCUCAACCACCCAGACUCGCAAGCACCACCGAUCCAGAUCGACCUUUAUGACAAGUUUGUUAGCCGCUUCUCAUCCAAGAUCAACCAGCUCCAGCUCGCCGCCAUCGGCGUCAAAGUGGCACGUCAAUACCCAGACCCAGCAAAAGCGCUCGAGUUCCUCGAACAGCUGGCGACAAAGGUGGACUCGCCCGAAUCGCAGGAUGCAUACGUGUACGCGCUGAUGGAGGCGGCGCACUUCAAGCUGCUACUGGGCGAUGCGGAUGGCACAAAAGUGGCGAUGGACAAAUGUGGCAAGAUCUUGGACACGUUCGAUGCGGUCGAGACAGCCGUUCACGCGAGCUACUACCGCGUGUGCGGAGACUUCUACAAGGCCAAAGCCGAAUACGCCAAUUACUACAAGAACUCGCUGCUGUACCUGGCGUGUGUCAACGUGGACACGGACCUGACCGAUGAGGCGCGGGUGCAGCGUGCACACGAUCUCAGCAUCUCCGCUCUGCUCGGCGACACGAUCUACAACUUCGGCGAGCUGCUGCUGCACCCGAUCCUGGCAUCGCUCGGGAAGAGCAAGGAGCACGCGUGGCUCUCGGAGCUGCUCUUUGCGUUCAACGCCGGCGACAUUGGUCGGUUCGAAGCGCUGACCCCGCAUCUGCCCAAGGAGCCGAUCCUGGCCGAAAACACGCCGUUCCUGCGUCAGAAGAUCUGCCUCAUGUCGCUCAUCGAGAGCGUCUUCAAGCGCGCCGCGGACGACAGGACGAUUGCGUUCGCUACGAUCGCAGCGGAGACCAAGCUGCCCACGGACGAAGUGGAGCAUCUGGUGAUGAAGGCGUUGAGUCUCAAGCUGAUCAGGGGCACAUUGGACCAGGUGGAUCAGCUGGCGAGGAUCACCUGGGUCCAACCGAGGGUGCUCGACCACCGCCAGAUCCAGGCCCUGCAGUCGAGGCUCAACGGGUGGUGCACAAAGGUCGAGGAGGUCAGCGAGUAUGUGAAGAACCAGACGCCCGAGCUGUUCAUCUCGGCGUAA